UUUGCGCCAUGCUUUUGGUUCUGUUCCUAUGGUUGGUCAUAAUCCUCUUCAUGCUUUAAAAGCUUUUGAAAAUGAGGGAGAAGAGAGUGAACCUAACUUCUAUGAGGUUAUCAGCAAGGUCAAGGCUGGAGACUUUGUGGUAAGAGAUGCAAAAGCUGAUCUAGAGUACUAUGUAGCGGCACAGAUGAAAGCAGCUGCAAUUGAAGAGAGUACGGAUGCAACUUCAAAACUUAAGAAGUCUACUGACAUGAUCACUGCUAAAGAGUUUCAUAAUUUCAAGAAAAAUAUUGCCAUCUCUCAGAUGGCCGGUGAAAAGUACACAUUAUCUGUUGCUGUAAUUGGAGAUGAGAAGGAGUUUUCUCUUCAUGAUGCUUUUCUUGGUUUGAUCAAAUCACAUAUCUCACAUGGAAACCCACUUGGAAUGCUGGGAGAUAAAGGUGGAAAGUUCUGUACAAUUUCCUUUCUGGCUGUUCAAAAAGAAUUCCGCCGUAACAAGGUGGCUAGUUGUAUGAUUAAAAGACAACUGAACUUGGCCAAAGAUGAAGGUGCUGUUUAUGCUUUUGUUAACAUUCCAACUGAAUGCAAUGGAGCGUUGGAUAUGUUUAACAAGAUGGAAUUCCAUGUAUUCAAGGAUAUCUCCCGUCCUGGUAUGAGGAUGACUGCGGCUUUAUACCCCUUGAAUAGCAGUGUUUCCAAGAUGAACUGAGAGAUCUCUCUCUUUUAUGUGAUG